GGGAAGCGUGUAAUGCGGAUGUUGGGAAGUGUAGUUUUAUCUUUGUAACCACCACAUUUACUUUCAUUCUAGAGUGGCGUCUGUUGCUCUACAGUUCCCGACUUGUCUUUCGGCUUUAACCGGUGCAGUUGCCGAAUGACAAGUGAAUUUAUCAUUUACUAAACGCAGUUUUCUGUCGAGAGCCACAGAAGAACUUGAUCUAUUGAUCUCCAGUAAGAAGAAUUUUCUUGACCUCAUUGGAACAAUUAUAGUUAGUUCCUGAUACCGAUCAUCAUCACCAUCAUCAUCACCGACAUCAGUGGACUUGCCAGGGAGUGUAAUUUUAUGUUUUAACAACAGCACAAUCAUGAGGAAUCUUUGGACCAAGGCGGGUGUAUUCGGUUCAGUGUCCGUAGCUUUUAGCUCAAUGCUGUGGUCACAAAAAAAGACUGACUCAGACCAGGCUGCUUCCAGUUGCACCCCUGCUGACACAAAACCCAGUUCUCCCUAUGAGUUAAAACUGGUCCAAGUCCUGUUCCGACAUGGUGCUCGAACGCCUCUCAAGUCAAUACCCGAUGUGAUGGAGGCCCAGUGGGUGCCAACGCUCUUGGAGCCUCCAGCACACACCCACAUCAAUUAUGUAGUGACCGAUCUUCUUGGUGGCCCCAGACCCUCAGCCCCUGUAGAGGACAGCUAUCGGAGAAACAUACUGACCGGCGGCACGUUCCCCGGUCAGCUGACCACUGUGGGCAUGCAGCAGCUGUAUGAGCUGGGCAAGAGGCUGAGGAGGAAAUACAUUGAGGAGAUUCCCUUCCUCAGCUCUACCUUUAACCCAGCUGAGGUCUAUGUGCGCUCCACUAACAUCGUGAGGACCAUUGAAUCUGCCAAGUGCCUGGUAGCAGGGCUCUUCCAGCAAAAACAGAAAGAAAUUGUGCAUAUAUUAACAACGGAGGCAGAAUCUGAAAUCCUGUAUCCAAACUAUCAUGGAUGCAAGCUGCUCAAAAUCCUUGGCAGCCACCGCUGGGCAGAGUCGUCCACUCUGCCAGACAUUGCAGCAGACCUGCAGAGCAUCCAGAACGAGUUGGGCAUCGCUGCUCACCAGCACAUCGACUUCAUCCUCAUUAGGGACGACAUGGUUGCCAGAGAGACACAUGGCCUGCCCUGCCCACCAGCGCUGGACACUUGGAAAAACAAAGUGGAACAGAGAGCUGUGGACAUGAUCUGCCAUGUCUAUGAACCCAGCAAGAGGGAGAACUUACAGCUAUGUGUGGGACCACUCCUGCACACGUUGUUAGGCAACUUGGAGGAGAAACUACAGGGCACCUCAUCAGAGCCAAACAGGAAGUUGUUUUUGUACUCUGCACAUGACACUACUUUGAUUCCCUGCCUGAUGGCUCUGGGGGUUUUUGACAUGAGAUGGCCACCGUAUGCAGCUGACAUCACUCUGGAGCUGCAUCAACACCGGCAAACCAAGGAAGCCUUCGUCAAAGUGUCAUACAUAGACCAGGAUCAACUUAUUCCAGGCUGUAGUGGAGUCUACUGCCCCCUGCAGGAGUUCAAACAGGCCCUCUCAGCCUACUCACUGAGCUCUGAACUCUACCAGUCACUUUGUAACAACACAGAGGGCUUAACCGAGCCCUGAACCCUCAAUAGACCUUCCAUCUGAACACGCUGACAUUACACUCUGACACUCAGGCAUCAUGUGUUUUUGUUUUUUUUUUAACAUCCUCCCUUUUCACUCCAUCCAGCCACCAUCGUCAUUAUACCUCACUGUCAGACUACACUGGGGGAAAGUCCUGGAUUGCAGCCGCCUCUUUAAUUUACAUCAGACUUUUAAUUUCAUGAUCCCUUAUCCCCAUGUAACCAUGACAGUCAAAUGUUCCAUAUGAAUUUAAUUGUUACAGCACACUGAUAAGUGUAUGUGCAGAAUGGUUGCGCUAUGCAGCAUGUGCCUGAUAUCAGAUGUCUAAUUUGUUUGGCUUAGUGAUGAAGGGUGGCAUUAUUCCAUGUUUUUGUCACUGUCAACAAAUCCCAAAAGACUAAAACCAGGAAUAUUUGCUCAUCUCACAGUACCUUCAGCAGAAAAAAAACAGAUCACAUAGUUUCAUUUUAAAAAGUAAUUUCCUAAAACGACAGGACUAGUUCUAGCAAAUGGUACUUGAACGUAGGAAGGAGUAAAUUGCACCCAGGUUCAUUGCAAUGAAAGAACAUGUGGUGGAGGCGUAUGGCACAAGGAAUAAAGUAAACCAUGCUUUGCCAACACUGGUAAUACUUGUUAGUAGGAUAAACAUUGUUGGUUUUGCUCUUUUUGGAAUUUGUUGACAAGAAAAUAACAGAAUAUUAUCAGCCUUUUUCUUCCAAGUUCAAACCAUUGCUGCAGUUUAAUCUUGCACUGAAAUAUGGACAUCUGAAAGGUGGGACAAUGUGGCACCAUAACAGCCUGUAUCUAAUUGCUGAUGCAAUUAUUCUGCCAAUUUGGUUGUGUUCGCAACCAAAUCUUUCGUCUUUGGUCAUUUAAUUCCUCAGGGGAAUUCUAAGCUUUUCAUGUACUGUAUCUGAUGUUUAUUAACAUAGGGGUGCAUUAAGUGUUUUGUACAUUAGUGUGUAGAUGAAUGUUUUAACCAUGUAGAGUUUGCAGAAAGGGAAUUAUUCUGCAACUGUGUUUUAGGAAUGAGUUUAUAGGUUACCUUCUUUGUUGAUAUUAUCAGACCACAGUAUAAUGUCUGCAUGAAUACAUGCCUAUUACAUACACCUGAAUGUUACUGUGUUACAAUAACACAUAUACCUCAUCAGUGGGAGUUUCCCAUGACAUGUAAAGUAAGGUUUGGUUUGGAUUGGUGAGGUAUAAAUAAAGAAUUUGAUCAAUGUGAA